GCAAUUUUAGCAAUUUUAAGAUUUGCCUUAUACGAGCACUGGUUAGAACACUUAUCAAGGCAAAGUCACGACGUUGAUCCUGAUCCUGAUCCUAUCCAAUUCCAAAGUCCAAAACCCUAUAAUUCAAGUGGUCGUCACAGUUACUCAGACCAUACCCACUAAGCUUUCUUACACGCAAACCAAUAAACAACAAAACCUCAACAAAAACGUCAUUCAGAUCAAUCAAGCCACCGAAAGACAAGUAACGUUCACUUCUCCGACUUGAAAAUGGAUCAAACCCGAAUCGAAAACCUCAUCCUAGUCACUCGAGACCGAAACGGCAUCGCGACGAUCACAAUAAACCGACCCAAAUCGCUAAACUCCUUGACGAGGCCUAUGAUGGUGCGUUUAGCCCGUCAAAUCAAUGCCUUGGGCAAGGACGAAUCAGUUCGGGUCAUCAUUUUAACGGGGUCGGGUCGGGCAUUUUGUUCGGGUGUGGAUCUGACUGCCGCGGAGAAGGUGUUUAAAGGGGAUGUGAAGGAUGUGGAGACCGACACGGUUGCCCAAAUGGAGCUGUGCAAAAAGCCCAUUAUUGGAGCCAUUAAUGGGUUUGCAGUUACUGCUGGGUUUGAAAUUGCACUUGCUUGUGAUAUUUUGAUUGCUGCUAAAGGAGCUAAGUUUAUGGAUACUCAUUCCAGGUUUGGGAUAUUUCCUUCAUGGGGCCUCUCGCAGAAGCUUUCACGCAUUAUAGGGGCCAACAGGGCACGCGAAGCAUCUCUAACAGCUAUGCCAAUUUCUGCAGAGCAAGCUGAGAGGUGGGGUUUGGUUAACCAUGUUGUGGAAGAAGGUGAAGUGUUGAGGAAAGCCCAAGAAGUUGCAGAGGCCAUUGUGACAAAAAAUCAAGACUUGGUGUUGAGAUACAAGGCUGUUAUUAAUGAUGGCCUGAAGUUGGACCUGGGUCAUGCUCUUUCUUUAGAAAAGGAGAGGGCUCACGCAUAUUACAGUGGCAUGAGUAAGGACCAGUUUCAGAAGAUGCAGGAAUUCAUAGCUGGUCGGAGCUCCAAGAAACCUUCGAAGCUGUAACUUUGUAAAUCACCAAACUGUUCUGUUAUUCUAAAAACCAUGUUUUGAUCCUUAAAAGUGGGAAAUCUGAGAUCAAUAAAAUUAUUUCAUGUAUAA